ACGGUCUAGAGGAAGCUGCUCUCUGUUUCAGUAGUGCUCUGAUCUGUAUCAUACCUGGCCUUUGGUUUUAUCCUUGCUACCUUUGACGACAACACUUGAGAACGCCAGGACAUCAUGCCGGAAGCCUUCCAUCAUAGACCGGGUGCAUUGAAGCAGACGAACAAAAACUUUAAGUCAAAACAUGCUACUAAGUCGUCCUUAAAAGAACUGGCCAAAGGCAAAGUACAACGCCCGUCACCAAAAGCUUCAUCAGCAAGCAAUGCCGCCGCGCAAUCAAAACUGAAUCGACGGAACCACGCAAAACAGACUCAGAGUACAAAACGUCAAGCUCUUGUCUCUGCGACUCGAAUCUUCAGCGGUGUAGAUGGAGCACCACGGAUCGUGGCCGUUGUGCCUCUUACAGAAGAUGUGAAUGCGAAGGCGGCUGCUUCUGCGCUUGCUGCAUCAUUAGAUGUUUCUGUGGAUGAUAUGCCAGAGCAGGGGAUAUGGAAGAUCAAAGCAGAACGCUUCCGAACCUCCCUCCAAUUCAUCAACUUAGCAUACCGAGACCUGUACGCCACCCUCGAUGCCUGUAAAGCAGCCGACUACGUCGUCUUCAUUCUCUCUCCUACCGUCGAAGUCACCCCCUGGGGCGACAUGCUCCUCCGAACUCUCCAAGCUCAAGGUCUCCCCGAUGUUGUCUCUGUCAUUGCCCCCGGCUAUCCCAUCGACCCAAAAACUCGCCCGGGGAUCCUCAAGUCUUUAUUAUCUUUCAUGCAAUAUUUUGCGCCGGAACAGUCGAGGGUCUUUGAUCUGGAGGUGGGAUCGGAUAGGUUGAGUGCGUUGCGGAUGUUGUCGGAGGGAAAGCCGGGAGAUGUGAGGUGGAGAGAGGGAAGGGCUUGGUUGUUGGGUGAGAAGGUCGAGUGGGAGGAGACGAGUGGAGAGGGAACGUUGAAGGUGACGGGUGUCGUACGCGGAGCUCAACUUUCCUCGAAUCGGUUGGUCCAUCUACCUAAUUAUGGAGACUUCCAGAUAUCCAGGAUCGAGUCUGCACCCUUACUCCGCCAGUCGAAGGGCCACGGUACUACGAUGGACGUCGAGCCCAGCCUUUUGGCUGAGGCGAAUGCCGAUGAUGCUGAUUCCUUGGUGUCGAGCAACGAUCCUGAUGAGAUGGAGAACGAACAGACAUGGCCUACCGAGGAGGAGAUGCAGGAUGCUUCUCAGAUGGGCGACGACCAGCCGGAAAUCCCCUCGGCAAGGAAUGGGACGACGCCCAAGUCCGUGAAGAUUCCGAAGGGUAUGAGCGCAUAUCAGGCCGCUUGGAUCGUGGACGAUGACGAUGAUGCGGAUGGUGAGGAUCGAGAGGGCGAGGGCGAGAAUGGAGCCGAUGAAAUAAUGGCUGAUGAAGAGGGUGGAGAGCCGGAGGAGAUGGUGGAUUUUGCAGAGGUUCAGGAGAUGGAAUCGGAGAGUCGGAAGAGCGUCGCUUUUCAGGACUUGGACGUCGAGGAGGAGGAACGACAGCUCGAGGACUGGCGUCAGCGUAAACGAGAGGAACAAGACGAUCUCGAGUUCCCUGACGAAAUCGAUACCCCGAAAGAGAUACCGGCACGGACACGCUUCCAACGCUACAGAGGCUUGAAGUCUUUCCGAACAAGCCCAUGGGAUCCCUAUGAGAACCUCCCUCGAGACUAUGCUCGGAUAUUCCAGUUCGAAGACUUCAAGCGGACAGAGCGAAACAUUUUCCGACGUGCUGAAGAGGAGGGUGCAGGUAUCUCGCCUGGAACGAGAGUGACAGUAUUCUUGAAGAACUGUACAAAAGAGAUGUCAGAGCACGAUCCCAGUCGUCCUUUCGUGAUCUUCGGCCUUUUGCAGCACGAGCACAAGAAGUCGGUCCUGAACUUCACCGUUCAGCGCAACACCGAGUACGACGGCUCCGUUCGGUCAAAAGACCCUCUCAUUCUUUGUAUAGGACCUCGACGCCUCCGUAUAAACCCUAUAUAUAGCCAGCACACCCGUGGCGGUGGUAAAGGCCCGAACAAUGUACAUAAGUUCGAGAGGUACCUUCGACAUGGAAACACAUCGGUUAUGACGACGUAUGGGCCUCUUGUCUUUGGCAAGCAGCCGUGUGCGCUGUUGAGGGAGACGUCGGAUCCUCAAGCGCCGGAACUUGUGGCGAUGGGCACGUUCAUGAACCCGGAUACUACACGGAUUGUGGCGAAGAAGAUCGUCCUCUCGGGCCAUCCGUUCAAAGUACACAAGAAGACCGCCACCGUCAGAUACAUGUUCUUCAACCAGGACGAUGUACUCUACUUCAAGCCCAUCCAGCUUCACACCAAGCACGGACGCACAGGUCACAUCAAGGAGUCCCUCGGCACGCACGGAUACUUCAAGGCUCACUUUGACGGCCCGAUCAAUCAGAUGGAUACGAUUUGUAUGAGCUUGUAUAAGAGGGUGUAUCCGAAGUGGGGAGAGCUAUGGACUGAGAAGAGGGGUUUGGGGGCGAGCGAGGGUAGGGAGAAGGAUGUGGAUGCGAUGGAAGAGUGAACGUGUUUGAGAGAUAGUGUAUGUGGACGGGGUUCGAUGAUUUCUGCGGUGUUCUGAUAUCUGUCUGUAUUCGGCGCUGUUGUAGCGAU